CAUUUACUGUUUUGUGACGUUUUGAAAGUGUAUUUUAAUCGAUUGUUUUGUUAAAAUAUACAGUUAAAUAUUUUUAGAUCACGAAGAUAUUGCAAAGAUUCGUUGGUUCUUUUUAGGUACCUAUCAUACAUUUCAAAUUUCAAUUCAAAAUGGCUAACAAGGAAGAAGAUGAGACCUUUCAAGAGGAAGAAGUCUUUAUUAAUCCUGAAGAUGGUAUGCCGAACGUUCAUCCAAACAUUGCUGAUAUAGAGCAAGACGCUGAUUCGCACGACGAAUUAAACGAAUUCGACGAUUUACCGAAAUCCGUCAUCGUCACCAACAUUCACAGCAAUGUGUUUACUGACGAAAAAUUGAAAAAGGAAUUAGAAGAUUUAUUUCGCACGUUUUCGGAUAAUGUAACAUUUCAGUGGUUAAAAAGUUUUAAACGCCUACGUGUUAAUUAUGACAGUCCUUUGGCUGCGGCUAACGCGCGUGUGCAACUCCACCAAUACCAGUUUUAUAAUUCGUGCAUAAAUUGUUAUUUCGCUCAGCCUGUGACGCCGAUAUCGUUAAAGAAUUUGAAACCGCCGGCGCCUGUGAAACAAUUUCUAAUUUCACCACCAGCCAGCCCUCCUGUAGGAUGGGAGCCGCGGGAAGAAGGGGAGCCUAUAGUGAAUGCAGAUUUAUUAGCAGCCAUAGCGAGUUUGGCCCCGGGAGAAAGUCACGAGCUGCAUGCGCCGACACCUACUCAACCGGCAAUCAUUGUUCACACUGCACUCGCAACUGAUACUACUGCACCAAUAGGUUGUAAGAUUCAACACACUAGAUGCCCUGAAUAUUGAUAUGCCUUGUUAAUAUUUGUAGAUAAAUUGUAUUUUUAGAGUAGCAGUCUAAAUGCUUUUAUUCUGUCACAUAAGUCAAUUCGUCUGACUGGUGAUGCCAAAGAUAGUGCAGAUUUACUAUAUCCGUUGACACCUCUGAUAGUUAGUACCU